AUGAGCUUAAUGCAGAACCCUAUUCUCAUCAAACUUCGAGACGACGCAGAGCGGCAUGAUGAAUGGGCAACCGUGAAGUUUUGGAAUCACGUGCUCACGAAGUACGUUUUCACGGAGGAUCAUUUCGUCGUGUCUACCGAGCAACCCCCCGUCCCUUUAGGAAGUCUAAGACGGGUAGACGUUGUCAUUGAAUCCUGGAGUGGGUCUCGAUUUCACCUUUUGUUAUUUCUCGAAGCAAAGAAGGGCCGAGCCGGGCCCGUCGACAUUGCCGAGGUUGAGGCCCAAGCAUACUCGGCAUGUCUCGAGCAUUUUCAGGAGAACACCACAAGAGGACAGAUAUGGGCGAUGACCUGUUUUGGUCCCAACGCCCGUUUUUGGGUAUUUGACUCUCAAUGGCCUUACCUCGCACCAUACUACCCCGUCGAAGGAGAGCAUGGGCAAAAAUCAACAUACAUCGACUUCAAAUAUCACGAAUCUGCGAUCAUGGACACUUUGCGCCACAUAAAGGGGAACCCUGUUCCUCCCGCCCAAGUGUUCAGACGACCUCUGCAGGGUGCCGAGUCCUCAGAGACAACUCUCUUAUCCGCGGAGUCCGUCACCCUGGUACGUGUGACAAAAAUCCGGAAGACAGGCCCGGAAAUUGAGACCUUUGAGGGGACCAAAUUCAAGACGGUUAGUGCUAGAUGGUCGCCAGCACAGUGCAUCGUGGAUGGGCAGGUUGUCGAUGGCUAUUUUUACGAUGGCAAUUCGGGUGCUGGUUACUUUACGACGAACAAGAUCCAAGGCUGA